AUGCCCGAUCCGUUCAAAGUUCGUUCCAAACUCUCGACGGUUGCAAUUCGUAUUCUUCUGGCUCGCGCAGCCAAAAAAUCGGGACCUCCACCAGGAAUUCCUGGUCACCAAAGUGGUAAUAUUACCGAUACACGGUAUCAAUUGAUUAAAAGAAUUCUCUAUGAAACCCCUAAACCCGAGCUUCCGCCGAUGACCGAAGAAGAUAUCGAAAGGCAUAAGACCAUCGAGAGAGCUUGGAAGUUAUUUGUGCGUAACCAACGUGAGAAACGUGACGCCGAAAUGGCUGCCAAGUACAAAAUGUUAGACAAAGCGAUCAUAGAACUCGAAAAAUUGUCCGAAACAAAUGAAAGUUCCAACAGAGACGCCUCCCUUGAAAGGUUGGAAUAA